UGCAAGAGAUGACCAGAGGCUGCGGACACGGUGCAGGGGAUGACCAGAGGCUGCGGACACGGUGCAGGGGAUGACCAGAGACUGCGGACACGGUGCGGGAGAUGACCAGAGGCUGCGGACACGGUGCGGGGAUGACCAGAGGCUGCGGACACGGUGCAGGGGAGACCAGAGCUGCGGACACGGUGCAGGGGAUGACCAGAGGCUGCGGACACGGUGCGGGAGAUGACCAGAGGCUGCGGACACGGUGCACUGACCAGAGGCUGCGGACACGGGGAUGACCAGAAGCUGCGGACACGG